GAUCCCACAGUUACUGUCGCUCCAUACACGCAUGAGCAUGGGCUGUGUCGAGACUCAUUACAUCACAGUACACUGCGAGUGUGUGUUGAACUUCUUUCGCACCUUACGUAGCCAGCCGCGCUAACCGGAGGUGCUGUGUUGGGCUGUAUUAUUGCUGGGUUGGUGUCGGUGUUGGCUGUAAGGUAGCUGUGUUACUGCCGUGUUGAGUGUUGGGGUGGGCUGUGCAAGGUACUGUGAUGACUUCUGUCGCAAAUGGCACCAAGAAGUGGACUAACAAAGGCUGCCAGCUGCUCUCAGCCGAAGAGAACCGAGCUCUCUUUGAUGUCUUGGGACACAAGUGUGUGACGCUGGCCUCGGCCGUGGUGCAGGUGUUUGCGGCGUGGCCAGGCGAGCGGAGCUGGAGGAAGCGCCAUUGUGGCGUGGCGUGCGUCGUGCGCGACAGCACCGUGCGCUCACACUUCAUCCGCAUCUACAGCAUCCAGGAUCAGAAGACUCUGCUGGACCAGGAGCUCUACGCGGAGUUCACGUACCGCACCCUAAGGCCGUACUUCCACUGCUUCGUGGCAGACGAGUUUCAAGUCGGGCUCAACUUCUCGAGCGAGAAGGAGGCCCAGGCUUUUGGCAGUGCAAUCUUGGAGAGAAUCCAGCAACGGCAGACGCGGGGGCCCGUGUUCUCUCCGAGCGAGGCUGCGGCGCCAAAGACACAGCGCGAUGUGGAGACGCCUCCCAGCAGCGGCCAGCAGGGCUUCCCCUUCUCCCUGGGCAAGCUGUCCACGGCGACACUCGGCCGGUCAGCCAAGAAGACUGCUAAACCCAAGAUCGACAAGCGCUUCAUCAGCGGGCCCAGCAACUUCCAACACCUUAAACACGUCGGCUAUAAUCCACAAACUUCCUUUGACAACAUAGACCCAGAGCUCAAGAGGAUGUUCCAGUCGGUGGGGAUCACGGAGAAAGACCUGAAAAGCCGAUCUACCUCCCAGGGCAUCUACGACAUCAUUGAGAAGCAUGGAGUGGAGGCUGUCAAGGAUGAGCUGAGGCAGAAGACCUCUCCUGCUGCUGCUGCCAGUCCUCCAGUGCCCAGCCGCACACCGGGCCCCGGUCACAGCGGCACGACACGGCUGCCCAGGGAGGCGUUCAACCCCUUGUCUCCGUAUGCCCAGAGGAACCACUCGGAGCAGGCCGUGUCAUCCCGCACGGCCCCCGGGGGCCAGGCCCCGCCACCGCCACCGCCCGUCGCCCCCGUGCCGACACCCGGCGCCUACCAAAAUGGAGCGCCGGGCCACGGCAGCUUCCAAAGAUCCCAAAACACGCAAGAAAACCUCACAGUGCUGCGCCACCAACGACCUCUUCCCCCGUUAUCGGCGGCACAAACUCCACAACCACCACCGCCGCCUACAACGUUACCUCCCCCACUCCCUCCACCAUUAACAGGACCUCCACAGCCAUCGUCAACAUCCUCAGGACAUCGACCUUCUCAGCCGUCAACAGGACCUCUGGUCCCAGCAUCAUCAUCAGGCUCUCAACUUUAUUAUCCACAAUCAUCGAAAGGACCUCUUCCUCCUCCUCCUCCUCCUCCUCCUCCUCCUCCUCCUCCUCCUCCACCACCACCGCCGUCGACGGGACCUCCGGGCUUUCCGCUAAUGGGGCCCUCUCCCCCCACUUCUCCUCCUCCUCCUCCAUCGUCACGCCCACCACCACUUGCCCCGCCACCGCUGUGCCCCCUGCCCCCUGCUGGGCAGCCAGCCGCUGGCGACCGACCAUCGGCCGCUAGUCUGUUGCUGCGGAUUCGGAGUGGACGGGGAUCAAGGGCGGAGCCUGAUUUAACGAUGGCGGAGCUUGAGGAAUACAGGGCGGAGCCUCAGGGGGAGUGUGCGGAGCUGGAUCGAUACAGGGCGGAGCCUCGGGGGGAGAGGGCGGAGCUGGAUCGAUACAGGGCGGAGCCUCGGGGGGAGAGAGCGGAGCUGGAUCGAUACAGGGCGGAGCCUCGGGGGGAGAGGGCGGAGCUGGAUCGAUACAGGGCGGAGCCUCGGGGGGAGAGGGCGGAGCUGGAUCGAUACAGGGCGGAGCCUCGGGGGGAGAGGGCGGAGCUGGAUCGAUACAGGGCGGAGCCUCGGGGGGAGUGUGCGGAGCCUGAACGGUGGCCAGACGGGGCUGAGGCACAGGCACCCCCUCCUGCACCGCCAACUCCGCUCUUAAUGCCGUCCGAUGACCGACGAGGGGGACUCCUUGAUCAGAUCCGACAAGGCUUCCAGCUCAAGGCGGUCCCAGAGACAGAUGGAGCGAUGACCCCAUCUGCUGGAGACGGCGGAAUCGUUGGCGCCUUGAUGGAGGUGAUGAAUCGGCGCAGUCGCAUCGUGCAGUCGUCAGAUGAAGAAAGCGAUGAUGAAGAUGGCUGGGAUUAAAAGUUUGCACGGAUGGAUUUUUGAUGAUCCCUCUUGCGCAGAUAAACGCUCGUUUCCCUUGCAUCGAACGUAGAGUUUACGUCCCGGCCUGCACGUCAUGUUGUGUGCGUGCCACGUGGGUUCACGUGACCCACAAAGCACUCUGCAUCCUCGCAUUGACUGGCAAUCUCUCCCACCGAAGCGUUUACAGGAAGACGCAAAAAGUCACUCCUGUCGUCAUUAGCGCGUGUGCCCCCUUGUAAAAGACAAUACUGCGCGUAGUAUUAGCAGCGGUAGGCUAACAUUGUGGGCGGUGGCCCUGCUUGAGUUUUAUUGUUGGGUAGGAAGCCAGUGUCAAUGACAAGAUGGCGAGUUACCCUAAUUACCGUCCACGUGGCCUCAACAGCGAUGCAUCUUUAACGCCAACACUCGUGGGAUUGGGCCUCUUUCAGGAAGAUAAUGAUUGAGAAGUGAACCGAGCUGACUGUUGUGGAAUUCAUGAACGUGAGUGAAGAUCAUUGGCGCUGUUCGUAAUGUUGGCUGGAGGUUAUCCACACAAAAUUAAAUGUUCGUUUUCACUCUUUUACGCAUGUCGCCAUUUGACAAUCGCUUAAAAAAAUACUCAGAUUGUCCCAGAAGUUUUUUCUUUUGGUAAUAUAAGUUUCGUGGUGUCUUAGACCAGAUCAGCUCCCUGGCUUUAUGGAAGCAGUAUUCUGCUCUUAUUUUUAAGUUUAGUAAAAUGUUGCAAAUAAACGAGACACGCUAAUAGCCCACGAUUGUUUCACAAUUCACUUAAAUUGACCACGGAGGAACCGGUGAUUCUUGGGGCUUCGCUCCUCUCCGAGUACCAUCGGAUGAUGAUUCCUGUUUGGAUUCGUUGCAAUAACUGUGUGCAUUAUUUGCGGUAAAAAAACAGGGCGCAUAUCAAAAGUGGAAUUUGAAUACCAUAAAAAAAACACCACUCGCUGUGACAUUUACAGCGGUAGUGGGGCUGGACGUGUGUACACUGCUGGUAAA